AUGUCUGGCCCAGCUGGUCCUCGGCCAACGCUCGACCACAUCGUCAUCCUCGUGUCGCACCAGACGCUCCAGACCAUCCCGGAUCGACUCCAGGAUGUGCUAGUCGUGGCUCCUGGAGGCGCGCACGCCGAUGGGCUCACGUCCAAUAAACUCAUCCUCCUGGCCGAUGGUGUCUACAUCGAGUUCAUCGCCUUUUUCGACGACGUCGACCCCGAGCGACGGAGGCGGCAUCGCUGGGGAAAUCUAAAGGAGAACAACAUCGUCGACUGGGCGUACACGUUACCCCACGAAGGCGGUUUCGGGGCCGUGCAGCAACGCGUCGCCGAUGCACAAGCAGGCUACACCUACGACGACCCGGUGUACGAUGCCGUCCACAACGCCUCGAGCUCCGUGUCUGUUUACGGCAUCGAGCGGUACUGGCAUUUUGGCGUGCCGUCCGAGUCGACCGAGGGAAAGCAUGUCAUCUUGCUGUCGGGGACGGACGGCGCGUCUGGAAUACGGCUCGCAUUGCAGGGAGAUGGGCGAGGACGGAUAUCGCUGGAGCUCUUGCCAGGACUGCUGCUGGAGGUGGAGUGA